CCAGGUCAAUUCUGGUCCUGUGGCUCUUUGUGCUCAGCUCUUCACCUCUACAGUCCGUGACUAACAGAAAUCGGAGAGAGAGCCGCUGUUGGACCAGCAACACGCUCCAGGUGUCUCCGGAUGUCUUGGCCCGCUCACGACGUGGCGCUCUGCCUGCCGCCUCACGCUCUGACCCGGCUGGCCCGAGAGUGGCUGGCGGAGGACACGCCGAACUUUGACCCCGCGGGCGCGUGCGUGGGGUCGAGGGUCGUGGAGGCGCGGCUGCUGUGCAAGACGCCCGGCAGCGUGCUGGCGGGGAGCCCCUUCUUCACCGCCGUGUUCAGCGAGGUCGGCUGCAUCGUGGACUGGAUCCACCGCGAGGGAGCGGAGAUCGGUCCAGACGCCGUGACGCUGACCGCCGUGGUGCGGGGCCCGGCCCGGGGCCUCCUCCUGGGGGAACGGCCGGCCCUCAACUGCCUGGCCCGGGCCUCGGGGAUCGCCACCCGCUGCCGGCGGCUGCGGGCGGCGGCGGCGGCGAGCGGCUGGCGCGGAGACGUGGCGGGAACGCGCAAAACCACCCCGGGCUUCCGCCUGGUGGAGAAGUACGCCAUGCUGGUGGGGGGCGUGGCCACGCACCGGCAGGACCUGAGCGGCAUGGUGAUGCUGAAGGACAACCACGUCUGGGCCUCGGGGAGCAUCUCACGGGCCGUGGCCGCCGCCCGCUCGGUGUCGGGUUUCAGCUCUAAGAUCGAGGUGGAGUGUCGCUCUGCAGACGAGGGCCGCGAGGCGGCCGGAGCCGGAGCUGACAUUGUGAUGCUGGACAACUUUCGCCCUCAGGAGCUCCACGCCGCGGCCCUCGCCCUGAAGCAGGAGUUCCCGGCGCUCCUGGUGGAGGCCAGUGGGGGCGUGACCCCGGAGGCCCUGGCGCUGCACUGCUCCCCCCACGUGGACGUGGUCUCUCUGGGCUGCCUCACUCAGGGAUGCCCCGUGGUGGACUUCUCUCUCAAGGUCCAGCGGCCCGCCGCGACCUCCAGUCUGUGACGGCCGCCUCAAAGAGAAGAAGACUUUCAUCGUCGUAUUGCAUUUAGUUAUAUACAUAUAUGAACUUCUUCUCUGCGUCAGAAACACAGCGGGGCAAAGGGAAAAACUGCCCCGAAGAAAUAUAGUUUUGCCCCUGAUGUUACGAGGAGAGGCAAAAAAAUGCCUUCAUAAUGUCCUCUAAUAAUUAAUUUAAAUGGUUUUGUUUUUGUUCUUUCUUGUAUAGGUACACACACACAAAAUCAAUAAAUAUGAUUUUUAAUUAUUAAAAAACUAAGAAAUGUCAUAAUUGUUAAUAGUUGUUUAAAAAUUGUAUAACAAUAAAUAACCACAAAGAAAUAAGAAUACAAUUGAA